CCUAGCGUGACCUCCACGGCGAGGCGUGCGCCGGGCGGGAGCCGGCGCGGCGGGGCCUGGCGGGAGCGGCGGACGGUCGGUCGGUCGGUCGGUGGGCCGGCCGGCGGAUUUAUGUGCUGGGAGCGGGGCCGGGCCGGGCGGCUGAAGCGGUGGAGGCGGGCGGGGCCGGUUCGAGCAUCAUGGGUGUGAUAGGUGUACAGUUGGUGGUUACCAUGGUAAUGGCCAGUGUCAUACAGAAGAUCAUACCUCACUAUUCUCUUGCUCGUUGGCUUCUCUGUAGUGGCAGUUUACGGUGGUAUCAGCAUCCCACUGAAGAAGAACUACGGAUUCUUGCAGGGAAGCAAAGAGGGAGGAGCAAAAAAGAUAGAAAAUAUAAUGGUCAUAUUGAAAACAAACCCUUAACCAUUCCGAAAGACAUCGAUCUUCAUCUGGAAACAAAAUCUGUGACUGAAAGGGACACUAUCGCAUUGCAUUAUUUUCCAGAAUAUCAGUGGUUGGUGGAUUUCACUGUUGCAGCUACAGUUGUGUAUGUGGUGACGGAAGCCUAUUACAGUAUUGUGAAGCCCUCACAAGAAAUGAAUAUAAGCGUAGUGUGGUGUCUGCUUGUCUUGGCUUUUGCAGUUAAGGUACUGUUUUCGUUGACUACCCAUUAUUUCAAAGUAGAGGAUGGAGGUGAAAGAUCAGUCUGUGUCACCUUUGGUUUUUUCUUCUUUGUGAAAGCAAUGGCAAUUCUCAUUGUGACAGAAAACUAUCUAGAGUUUGGACUGGAAUCAGGAUUCUCGAAUUUCUCAGAAAGUGCUAUGCAGUUUCUUGAAAAGCAGGGUUUGGAAUCCCAGGGUCCUGUGUCUAAACUAACCUUCAAAUUGUUCCUGGCUGUUCUGUGUUCACUUAUUGGUGCUUUUUUGACAUUCCCUGGCUUGCGACUGGCUCAAAUGCAUCUGGAUGCUCUGAAUUUAGCAACAGAAAAAAUAACACAAACAUUGCUACAUAUAAACUUCUUGGCACCUUUAUUUAUGGUUCUACUGUGGGUAAAACCAAUCACUAAGGACUACAUUAUGAACCCACCUUUGGGCAAAGAGAGCGUCCCUUUAAUAUCAGAAGAUACAUUUGACACUGUGAGGUUGUGGAUUAUAAUCCUGUUGUGUGCUUUACGGUUGGCUAUGAUGCGUCAUCAUUUACAGGCCUAUCUGAAUUUAGCCCAGAAAAGUGUGGAUCAGAUGAAGAAAGAAGCUGGCAGAAUAAGUAUGGUUGAUUUACAGAAAAUGGUGGCCCGGGUAUUCUAUUAUCUUUGUGUAAUUGCACUGCAGUAUGUUGCACCAUUGGUAAUGCUCCUUCACACAACUCUGCUCUUGAAAACACUAGGUAAUUACUCUUGGGGCAUCUACCCAGAAUUGAAUUCUGACACUCCAGUAGAAAACAGUCUGCUUCCCAGUUCAGUUUAUUCUGAGUCUCCACCUGCUGAUGGAAAGAUGAAAGUAACUGUAGUACAAAUAACAAUGGCUUUGGGAAGCCUAAAGAAUAUUUUCACUCCUCUCCUGUUCCGGGGACUCCUGUCUUUCCUCACCUGGUGGAUUGCUGCUUGCCUCUUUUCUACAAGCCUUUUUGGGCUUUUCUAUCACCAGUACCUGACUGUGGCGUGAACAGGUCAACUGACAAAGCAAGUGUGAGGUCAAAUACUAGAUACAAACCCAGCUACCCAAGAGGAGAUGAAGAGAAGAGAAGAAAACUAUAUAUGGAGAGAAAACAUAUCAAUUUUUUUUAAACACUUCCUCUGUGUUCUCAGGGUGAAUAUUCUUAUAAAGUUUAAAAUCGUGACUGGGUUUGCUGUUUUUGUUACCCAAAUGGUAGGUAACUAAUUGAAUUAUAGUAUCGGGUCUGACUGAUAUUAUUGUGUGGCAGGUGGUGGUGAGUGUGCUGAAAAGGUACGACCUCUGAGUAUCUUGGUUCCAUAAACAGCAAGCCAACCUCAAAACUUUGUGUUUUAAGCAUCAACAGUCAGUGACUGAACUGUGUUAGAAGGAUACUGGUUAUAGUGAUGGUGGCUGCCUAUCAAUUAAAUCUUGAAACUGAGCCAUACAAUGAAAGGAGAGAGGGGAUUUUAAAAAAAUUCUGUUGGAUAGCUAUCUAUCACUUUUCUCUAUGAAAAAUGAAAUAAUCCAACAGGACAAAAGAGAUACUGUAUAUUACAGUAAGGAAAGUUGUAUAAAAUUUAAAUUUAACAGGAAUAGAUGUAUGGACCUGACAGGUAUUGCUGCCUAAAUAUUUUGCAGGAAUGCUUGUGCAGUAAGAGGAAAAUUAUAAAUAUAUUAUUUCAGUCCCUGCAGUCAUUUUGAAGUAAUGGCCAUCGGUAUUGGUGCUAAUAUUGAUCCACAGAUUCCAUUUGGAUCUUUUAAAUUUCUUCUUUUCAGGUAAUAGAUAAAUUCCAUUGGAUUCAUGGAAUAAUAAAAGAAGAUUAGUGACACCAAUCAACCAUUUCAAAACAAAACAGUUUAAUCCUGCUGACUGAGAGUGUAUGUAUCUGUGUAAUGUACAUAUAAAUAUAUAUUAUAUAUUAAAUAUAUAAUAUAUAUGAAGUUAUAAAAUAUGGAAUCUUUAUUUUAAAUUACUGAAUGUAUCUUACAGGGCCAUGGAAGAGGGAUGUAUGUGUAUCUAGUAAUUUCAAGAUCCCUUUUGAAAUGAAAAUUAAAUUUUUUUUAAAAGUUCAGUUGAAAGGGCUAUUUGUUUUUGGUGCCUCUUCAAAGGUACUUAGCUAUACUAAAGAACUUAGGCUCUUUUGGAAGAAAAGAUCUACUUAAACUGUUAAUCUUGAAAUUUUUGCUCUGUCAGAUUGUCAUCUUUUGCCACUCUAAUCUGUGUUAACCUGGCCAUAUAGUAAUAACUAAUAUCUCUUUGCUUCAGAAAUAGAUUUUCUGUAUAAUAAAACAGCUAUAGUAAGGAGGAGCAAAGCAUUAACUUUACAAGUUUUGCUUAAAUGGAGGGAUAGAUUCCAAGUAUAAAAGCAUUGCAAAACAAAGUAGAAUGACAAUUUUUCAGAUGUUUUGUGUAAUUGCAAAAUAAGAAUGGGAAUUUAUAUGCAGCAGCUUUUUUAAAAAGUUAAUACCACACUUUGCAGAGGUCAGUGGGUUUUUUAACUAAUACUAGCUGGUUUUAUGUUACUGUUCUUUUUCUCUUGAAUUUGUGUACAGCUUUGGCAUAUAAUAAGCAUUUAUAAAUGGAAAAGCUUAACUAAAUAUUUAAUAUGUAGCAAACCUACCAUAUGGGGAAACAAACUGUCAACAAUGCAGAAAAUCAAGAAUUUAAGCUGGUGAUAAACUGUCUUACUAUGUUGAAUGCCUUUUAAAUUAUUUAUUUGUUUAUUAAAUUGCAUUUACUGAUACUAGGGAAACAUUUGUGUACACCAGGUAGUACCUACCGCAUGUGUUUGGGAUGUCUGAGAACGCCUUGCAUGAUUCUACAAGUUUCAUUGCACUAUAGUAUUUCAGUGCUACUGGUUCUGCAAGCUUUGUUUUUUCAUGCCAAGUUUUCAUAACUAAUGGGGACAAAGACUUAACUGUGUGAAUUGGCCUAAAGAAAAAUAUUUGACUUCAUAGAUUCAGAUCUCAAAACAUUCAUAGGAAAAAUCUUACAAAAUAUGACAGGUCCAGCAAUACUGGACCCACUUUCUAUUAGUUCAAGAUGUAUCACUACUAAUAGAAUUAAUAAGACCAGUUUUUCAGUUACAGUUAGGUAUCCAAUGUUAAUGUUUAAUUCAGGAAAAUAAAACAAUAUAGUGCAGUUUGAUUCUGAUAGUGAACUUGGCUCAGGAAGCUCACUAUAUAGGAGAUAUAACCUAUUGCUGCAAUCUGAAGCGUAGGAAUAAACUUUGGAUGCUGGAGAAGACUUCAAAAUAAUGUUAAGUGACAGAGUUUCUGUUGGCAUAGGUAUUUAUUCUGAAAGCUCAUAAGUGAACUGUAGUUAUAUAAUAUUGCAUUCAGCAAAGGUAAUUGAUCGUGUGUGUAGCUGAGCUUCACAGAGCUUUUCGUAAGAGCUCAUGCUGUCUUAUUCUUCAGACGUCACACUGAUCACAGUGAAAAAUAGGCACCUGGAUAUUGCUAACAUUAAGUUAACGCUUCUGGCCAUUGCUCUUUCAUUGUUCCGCAGAACUGAAUGGUUGACCUUCUGGUCAGCAAUCUGAUCUGAGUGGGGAUGGUCUUUCUUUGGAUCCAUUUAAUCCUUACAUGAGUCUAGAAGGUUUAUUAAAAACUAAAAUAUAGCAAUAAAUGCCUUUGAAAUGUGAGGUGACAGUGAAAGUAGAGGGAGCGUAUUGCUAUGGUUGUGAGCAAUGCUUCCUACAGCUACUUGAUAUGCUCAAAAGUGACUUUUAAAGUAAAAUAGCAACCCUGAUAGUCCUGACUUCCAUGUAUAUUAUGUAAACUUCAAAGGAGUAUCUGCUCACUUCUUCAGUAAGUUUCUUUAAAACAGGAGCUGGCAAAUGCUUUUUUUUUUCAUGGACACUUUUAUCAGCACCUGGGGGGUGAGGGGGGAGGAAAGCAUCUUGCAGAAGUGGAAAAGCAGGUAAAACAUGACUGAAAGGUUAGUAGUUAUUCAGGAUUCUUAAACAUUUUGUCUUGCUUUUUGCCUACUAUCUACUUAAUUUCUGAGAGAUUUUGGAAGGAAAGGUGCCUUUGACAAAGAAUCAAUGUUUCUUUCUUUCUUUCUUCCUCAUUUCAGAUCUUCCUCUCUCACUCCAGUAAUGUGACUUGUUAGCUUGAGUCCUUUUUCCUAUCCACAGCUUUUUCGCUACAUUCCCUGCACAGGACCGACUGGUCUAAAUGAGUUCAGGACUGUAUUUUGAUUUUUAUUGUUUUGGUAUAAAUUUAUUUUUGAAGGACUAGUUCCUUUAAGUAGUAUAAAUAACUUUGAAUUCCACCUGACGAAUAAACAAACUUGUUGAUGAUUAUUUAAACACUGCACUUUUAUUAUGGAAGUCCCUUUAGGCAAAGUAUUAAGGUAGUGGUAAAUCCAAGUCUUCCAGCACGUUCAGGGAAGUCCAAACAUGACACUUGGGCUAUUUCUGAGCUUAGAGAAGUUGAUUAGGAAAAGGAGAAUAGAUUAUAACAAGUCUAUUCUUCCACUUUUCAGGCAAUGUUCUCCAACAGCACUUGUCCUCUUUUGAUACCUUCUCAAGCUAUAGGAUUUGCCAGGUUUUGAGGUAUUUUUAGCUGCACGUUUUCCCUCUUCCAGACUUCUCUUGCAUAAGAAUCAACAGAUAAAGUAAUGGGGGAAAAACCAGGUAGUAUCGGUAUGAGAACAUCCUUGUACAGAAGGAUAUGCUUUAGAAAAUUAAUUUCUGUGGCAGUUGUUCUUCACCUUCUUUGAGUUACAAGUACUGGAGGAUGUGUGAAUAGAGAUGGGUGCUUACCUGGGUUUUAAAGUCAAACUCGACUACGAACAAAAAUGCCACCAAGAUGCAUGGACAUGCAAUUAGGUAGCAUAACUCAGUGUAUAAAAUGGUUAGUAAGUACAGAAAUUUCAGCUAAUCUCAAAGGAACAAUUAAAAGUUUUGCAUUUUUUCACAGUAACUACAGCUAAAUGGUAAUAGAGGUCUUGGAUUUACCACAUAGAAAAUUUAUAGUAUCUAAUCUUAAAGCUGUUGGAAGGCUCUACAAGGUAAAAGGCCUUAUGCCUCUUUAUUUUCAAAGGCCCCUGUUUUCCUUUAGAAUGUUAGCUUGUUUCUGCAGAGACUUAAAACAGUUUUUAAAUGCUAUGCUUCAUGUUGUGUCAUAUGACACUAGUUGUGCAUUUAUUUGUCAGCUACAAAGAUUCUAGACUUAACCCCACAGUUCGUUUUGUCACUAGAAAGUUACUAGAAUGUUUUAGUUAAGACUGAAGAAUUAAGUGCAUGGUGAAAAUGGAAACACUGAAUGAAAAUGAGGCCGAAGAAAAUUGUGUGUUCUCUUGGAGGAACCUUUCUAUUGUGGCUGAGCAAAAUCUUAAUAGAGGAAGGCAACAGCAGGUCACUUGUAUCCUAAAUAAAAUAUUAACUAUGAAUGUUUACCAUUACGAGUAAAUAAGACUGUUAAUUUCAGCAUCUGCAGCCUAAGUCCUAAAUCCCAAAUGGUAAAUGAAGAGCAAUAUUUUGACCUCACUGAUACUUACUCUAAAGAGUAUCUGGGCAACAAGUAUUGAAGCCAAAUGUCUGAUCUAGUUAAGCAAGCUGAUGCGGAGUAGUCAGUCUGUGCUUCAGAGUGAUUUUUUUGCAACUUCUUUAGGAAGGUCUGCCAUCCUUUGUGGCUCUGGCAGUGCAUGCACUAAAAUGGGUGGCAGGUCUAAUCUCCUAAUGCUAGACUGAAAGGUAUUCCUCCUCUGUGGGAGAGAUCGUGAGGCCAAGAUGUUAUUUCAAGGCUGCUUUUACUGACAUCUGUAUAUGCUGCACUUAACUUUUUCAAGUCUCUCACUGUGGACUGCCAGGAGAGUAAUGCUGCACUGGACAUUGUUUUGCAUGCCAGUGUAUAUGUAUUUUUAUAACUUUGAUUUCAAUGGCGUUUUUAAUGGAAAUUGUUUUUUAAUCCUGGUACCAUGGAUCAUCUUUUCAUUUUUUGAAUUAAUAUCAGUGCCUGCAACUAGAAGUCAAAUACUUCUACACUAAUUUUUUUUUUAAACUUGAUGUCCAGAUUGAAGUAUUAACAAGUAUGCAGUUUUAUAUUGAAAUGUGAAAUCCACCUGUAAAUACCAAACUUUUUCCAUAUGUGAUCACACAUCAGUCAAGAAUCCUUAUCCAGAUAUGCAGCAUUUCUCUCAACAACAUGCUAUCCAUGUGACUCUGCUGCAAUUUAUAAAACAAACACCUCAGUAGAGUUUUGAGAGUAGCUUUUUACAAACACCUUAGUUGUAGGCCAUUUCUAUUUAUUUUAUGAUGCUGCUAGGUAUUUUUUAAAACAUGGCUUAAAAUAUCUUGUGCUUAAAGUCAACCUUGUUCUCUUUUCCUCUGUUCAUUGUAAUUCUGCUUUCCAUAUAUGUUCUAAGCUUCAAGAAUGCAUAUUUAUAGUAUUUUUGAUAAAAACUUAGGACAAAGAAAAAUGCACCAAAAAUUUUAUUUUGUAAGUACAGUUCAUACCCAUGUCCUGAUGUGCCAACAAACAGUUUUUAUUUUUCCUGUCUUCAAUCAUUCCUUUGUCCUGUUGUUAACAAUCUUGCACGUUUUCAGUUAUGUAAGGUUUUCUAGGAAGAAUACAUGUGGAGAAAUACUCUGUAAUAGCAGUCGCAGGAAACUUUGUCAAAUGUUUCAGUCUUCCCAUUUAUGUGAGCAAAUAUUAAUGUAAAGAUGCUAUUAAAUAAUUUAAGUCUAAAAUUUCUCAUAAGGUAGACUUGUUAUAAAUUGCACAGGGAACAUCUUGUUGUAAAUAUUUUACUUUAAAUACAUCUCUGUUGCUGGGAACACACAUAAAUUCAGUGUUGUUAUUCUGUUAAUAGUUUGGGGUUUUUUUUUCUUUUUAAGUGAAAAGCGCAUAAUACUUCCUAUUCUAAAACAAACCUAAGAACAGAAGACUCCUCUCCCUUCAUUUCAGUAUUUGCUAAAUGGGAAAGACUCUGAUGUUAUUUAUGUAAAUUCCAGCUUCCUCUUACUGCUAAAUUACUAUUAAAAUACAAUUUUUAUAGUUGCAGCUUUACAAGUGUUAAGACCGUCAUGUUUCACAGUGAAGAUGGUGGCAAAUGGUUGUUGUGUUAUAUUGACCUGUCCUGACUGGUGUUGUAUUACCUGCUGUUUCAAAACAAAUUGUCUCGUUUGCUUUAUGCUUUAGAGGUUUAUCGGGAUCUGUGAACAGGAGAGUGCAGCACGUGUUGGAAAAGCAGGGGAGUUGCUCUAUUUUGGGUUGGGGGUUUGUGGGCAUUUGUUGGUGUGGGGUUUUUUUUUUAGUUGUUGUGGAUAAUACUUAGGUACAGUUACUACAAAUAAUAAACAACCUACAGUAACAUGGCAUUCUUUAUGUAAACUGUAGACAAGUGCCUAAAUGUGGGUGGUCUCUAGAAGACAUGCUUUAAAUUUCUUGCAUGUACCUUUGUAGUUAUUUUGCUACAUAAUAGACGGUUAACUUUUGGAAAGAAAAUGCAAGAACUGCUAGCCCUUAAAAUGGAAUUUGCUAUAAAAUUAUUGUUUCCUUACAGUUUUUGGCAUAUAGAAUGUCCAUGUGUGUUUAUGGGUUACUACACAUUGGAGGCAAAUAAGAUUUUGAAGAAAUCUUUUCCCUUCCUGUUACUUUAACGAUAAUCUAACGGCUUUGCCCACUACCUGACUGGUAAUAUAACACCCCACUGCCACCUAUGCAUUCGGUUUUCUUUUUUGAUGACUGAGGGAAAGGACUUACACAAUCCUGAAAGGAUUGACUUUAUUAAAAGUUUUGUAGUGACACCCUGGGUGUUACUUAUGCCCCAGUUGCGCAGGCACAGGGGUGACUUCAGCCGGGUAAGUAGUUCUGCUUGAGCUCAGAAAGGCUGAAGUUGACCGCAUAUGUUUGGAUAUGGGGCAGAAAGAGUACAAAAGAGCCGGCUUGUAACAUGCUGGCUGGCACCGAGCAAAGCGGCUCCAAAAGAAAGGGCACAAGUUACGCCUUGUACCGAUUUUGUAGAAUGCUGUUAGGGUAUUGAAUAGCAAAACCACCCUUACCUUUCAACUGCUUUCCCACCUCCGAGAAUGGCAAGAGCUGAAGGUGAAACCUGCCUGGUCUGGUUCAGCAGGGAAAUUCAAACAGUGAGGAAACAGCAGGUGCCUGCUCUUGAGUUAAUUAUGCAUUCUAAAUGUGAAGCGCUUGUAAGCUGAGAUGGUGUUGAUUCAAAUCUACCAAAGGAAGCCUUCCUCCGAGGAAGGCUUAUAAAAGCAUUUUGAGCUUUUAGCUCUAAAAAGUGGCUGUAGCAAUCUGUACUGUAUAUAGUACGCUGUUUCGGAAAACUUGCUCCAGUAAGCUUACUAAACAUUUUCUUACACUAUGUGUAAGAAAUUAUAUUACUUUUUUUUACUGUAGAGUAUUUAAGAAGCUGGUUUUGUCCUGCUUAAUGUUACCAUGUAUCAGGCAGCAUUUUAUUAAUGUGAAAAUAGUGAGAAUUGGUUUGUCAUCUAAACGCUUAAAUUACUUUAGUAUCAGUUUAUUUUCCAAAGUGAAGCAAGAUUAUACUUUCUUAUUCCCCAUUCAUUCUGUUGAAAUGUUAUAAUUUAACUUUGUUUUUGUAAUGCACACAUUAUUAAAAUUAAAUUUAUAUCUGUUAGUUACUAAUGGUAAUACCACAGCAAAUCUAAGAGAAACUGUGAUAUCUGCUGUAUAUUAACUGCCCCAUCAACUUGCCUGCCUUUGUAAAGCGUUGAUCCAUGUUAGACAUUUAAUGUCUACUGCAGUGAUGCUCACACAGUAUUUUAGUAUCCCUACAUGUACUCUGCAUGCCUUGCAUUUCCGCACUGUAAAAGGAUAGACUGUUUUACAGUAUUUACUCUAGGUUAAAAAAAAAAAUCCAUUAUUUUAUAUAGUAUAUCCCAUAUCUAAAAUAGGACAAUUUCUAAAGCCAAAGAUCAAUAAAUGUUUAUUGUCUAUCAGUGUGAUUUUUUUUUUUUCCCUAUUCUAUAAUAUACAUCCCACUUGUAUCAACUUGUGCAAAAACUCCAGGUUUGCCAAAGAAUGUGUGGUAACCAGACUUUUUCUCAGUUUCUGUGCUAGCCUAAAAUGUUUAUCUUUCUUAGAAAUAAUUGAGUAUUUAUCCCCUCCUCAUUUGGGGUGCAGCAGAAUAAACAAUUUUUUAGUAUAAAUGUAGAUAAUGUCUUAUUCACAUGAAUAGCAGUUUACCCACAAAGGCGUACAGGUUUGAUAUAAAUGUUUUCAUUUCUGAGUGUUUCAGAAUUAAAAUUUGGGAACAAUUUAAGGGGAAAAGGUUGGCUGCACACCAUGGUGAGUGGAGGAAAUUCUGAGUUUCCGCGUACACUCACAGGAUUUAUCACCUUUCUUCUUGACUGUCACCCUUCCUGAUAGGAAACCACUUAAAAAGGGGUUGUAUUUGCUGUCUUAAAAAAAGAGAAGUAAUGUGUUUAAAAACACAUUACAUGGUGUCUUCUAUUUGUUUCAUCCUAGCAGCACUGACAAGGAAUAUACUUAAAGUAAUUAUGUCUUGUAACCUUUGUUUUUUUUAAUUUGAUUUUUGGGAUAUCAUAUUUAGCUAUGCAUGGAUUUUCUUUCCAUGUGUGCUACACGAACAGAUGAAUGAUGCCAAAACUGCUCAGGUAGUUCUACAGCAGUAAAAAAAUCCUUGAGAAAACAGCCUCUCUUAAACUACAACCAAAGGGGUACCAAAGACUCCUUCAAUUACAAAGGACAGUCCUGUUGCAGAGAGGAAAAAUGCCCCAUAGUCCCUAGGAAGAGCCAGUCUUGAUUUUUGGGGUGGGGAUUUGAAAGUGUACAAGGCAUCUGGGCUGUGAGACCCCCUCCUGAAAGUGAUCAACCUGUCUCAGGUAAUAGAGUGAGUUUAAAAUCAUGGUUAGGAGGAAGGUAAUGAGCUAUGGUGGGAGAUUUGUUUGUCUCUCAGAAGCUAUCUCAGCCUUCUGCUUUCUCCGUGCAACCUGAAGCUUGAGACUGCCUUGAGACUCUACAAUCCCCAAGGCUUUGCAGUAGAAUGGGUGUUUAGCCUGGCAUGUUCUUCUCAACAGUUUUUAUAGUCCAUGCUUCUACUUUGGAUAAUGUGUUGAUGCUAGUUCAAUACUUCCAGUUAAUCAGUGGAUGCUGACACAGUGUAGGUGCUUCUCAAGAUUUUUUCUAGGCUAGGUUUCCGUGCCCUACAAAGUUUGUUGUGUUUAACCUUCAAAAGGACUUCGGCUGAAGCCAUACUGAACACAGUCAGGUUACUUGUGCUGUUGACUACAGCAUCUUUUCUAGCUGUGAAGUGUUCCAAGUGCUGGAGAGCUCAGACAAUCGAGCAGUUGCCUGAAAAAAGCAUCCAUCCCUCUGCUAGCCACAGCCCUGGUUGCCACGAAGAUGUGUGCUCUGCUCUUCCAGCUCUUCACAUUCAUCUGCUCUGCUGCUGUGAGAGCCUUGGCAGCGUGCUCCUGGAAUGAAAGUGAGCCUUAGAUUUCAAGGGUUAUAUGAAGUCUUGCUUUUGAACCCAUCAGGUUCACACUCUAAAGCCCCACUGAUUUAAAAGGUCUUCAGUGAGGAAAACUAGCAAAGCUGGCCUCUGCUGUCAAGUGCAAGCACGCAGGAUUCAGUGUAAUAGCCUAGGGACUAUCCAACUUUUUGAAAUGUUAAUUUUAGCAGAAUAUGUUCUCUGGUAGAGGAAGGUGUGGGAGUGUACUGCAGCCAAGAGGGCAAGCAUCUGGUACCGGUCCAGACAGGGCUGAGAAAAUAAUGAAGAUGUUGCUGGUUUGAUUCAGAUUUUAUGAGGAAUUUUCAAAGAAGAUAUUACACAAUUAUUAUUGCUUGCCUUCUUAAUAGGCAGGCUGUUAACUGGUAGACUGCAAAAGGCAUGCAGCAGAGACUGGGAGAUCACUCUUUUGGAGGAAUAUUCAGUUUCCCUCUAAAUCUACAUUAAAAAAAUAGAAAGUAAUUUGUUAUACUUCUUCUGGAGUCGAUCUUGCAAUAUUUUCUGCUUCUCAUAAUAUCUCUUUAAAGACCUCCCUGAAACGCUGUUUUUUGAGGGUUGUUAGCAUUUUGCUUUCCCAGGGGUGCAGCCCUAAUGGGUCUGGGGGAAAGGUGGCUUUCUCAGUGCGUGAAAUGUGGAGUUGCUUCAUAAUUCUGUCUCUCUUGAAAGCUGAAAGGAAAAUAAAGGAACCUUCUUUCUGAGUUAUGAGAUUCACAGCCCACUUCCAGUGAUUCUGAGUAACCAACCCAUGGCCAUAUUCUCUCCACCUGUCAGAUUGGAAAGCAGUCUUUCAAUGAGUGUGGAACAUCUGUGAUUUCCUGAAAUGCUCAUUUUUAUAGUUGUAUGGGGUAUAGUGUGAGGCAGUUGUGCAUAUGUCAGAAACUAAAAGAAUAUAGGCUCUUAGUUGGAGUUAGAUAUAUCGGAUCUUUUAGGAUCACAGAUGUCCAGUUGCUUCCCAUUCAUUUGGGUUAUAUUGGGAAUAGGACAUGCCUGCAAGGUUUGGUCCUGAAAUCCAGUUUUCUUCCUUGCGUGAGCACAUGCUAAUCCACUCCUACUCUGGUUUUGGUAUCAGUGUGGUCAGAAGAGUGAAAUAUCAAAAUCUUCAGGCCAAACAUCUGUACCUUGUCCAGAUUGCCAGUUCCCCUGUCGUCUUGUUCACGGAGUGGGAUCAAGCUGUUACUAUCAUCUCCCAAGCAGCAUGAACUCACAGAAGUGGGGAAGGGGGUGGGCACAGCAGAGUCAUAUAUCAAGGAAUUGGGCUGCAAUUUACAGAACAAAAGAUACAGAAAGCAGUCGCUCUGGACAGGGAUUUGCUGGCCACAGGAAAGCACAACAUGGUGAUUUCGGCAGUUUGAUAAUACGCUGCUAAAAACCACCUGGGAGGUGGGGAGUGAAUGUGAUGCAGACUAAAAACCAAAAGGGGUGAGUAGGAGAUUGUCUUCUGUAGCGCAGGAUAAGCAGGACCAAUGCCAUAAAACUCCAGGGUGAGGUGUUGCGCGUUGUUGUUUUUCAGCUGAAAACCUGGGAAAGCAGUGGAGGAUUUAAGGACUAGAAAAAUGACUUCUAGUGAGAAAUAUGAAAAGAACUCUGCAGAGCAUCAAGGGAAGAUUCAGAGGUUAAAGUACCUUAAUGUGGAAUAAAAACUGCAUAGAGAAGGACUCUGAGCUUACAGGAAGACAGAACAGGAACCAGAGACUGGAACCUGACACUAGAUAAAUCACAAUAGUAGAAAAUGCGGUUUUAACAGAGAGCGUUGCUAAUUGCAUUGCAACCUGAAGUAGUGAAUUCUCCACUGGGUUGUCUUCAGACAUCCUCUCUAUAAGCUGCUAUGGGUGAACAAGUUACUGGUCUCUAUACAAGGAUAAUCAACAGAUAGCAAAGGAGCCAGGGGAAAAACAAAUAAACCACUGUUUAAUUCAGUUUUAUUCUAAAGAUUGGAAUUUUGGAACUUUUGGAUUGGCACUGCUGUGGCUGGAUUGCCACAUGACUAGGAGGAAACGCACAAACUUGAUUUCUUUAACCCAGACUAUGUGUAGCCAUUUUUUAUAUUGCAUAGGUUUUAAUGCCUUUAAAAAGUUCUAAGUGGUGAAAGAUUUUAAAAUACAGUUUUGCUGAUAUCUAGCAAAAAGGUAAUGUAAAUUUGAAAAUAAAGAAAUGUAAAGUAAGGAAAUACAAAUGUUACAUUCUGUCUGUCUAGAGGCAUAAUGAUAUCUUAGAAAAGAAAACUUUUUCUUGGAAUUCUUUUUCUAAAAAAUGCCAAAUUGAACUCCGUGUCAAGAGUAGAGUCAGAACGUUAGUCUUACAAAGUUAGAAGUGUAAGUCUCCAGCACUUGGAACUUUUAGUUCUGAAGCUACAAUUUUAUGAUUCUUACUUCUCAGCUAAAAAUAAAGCAAAGGAGUUCCUUAGGUAAGCAGCUAGAUGAGAGAUCAAGAACUGGCAUUUAGAUUUUAGUUCCAAGUUUGGGCUUUCGAAGCAGCAGAAAUUGUUAGCAGGAGGAGACUUGCUGUUGCACUCACUGGCUUCGUGUCUGAGCUGGCAAUUUAAGGUUCCACUUCUCUUAAAUGCCUGGAGGUAAGAAUCAUUUUGUUCUCUUCCUCUAUGGAUUAUUGCUAUUAUUAACCUUUUGGUGGCUAUAUUGAGACUUGUGCUACUGUCAAGAAACUCUACUUUGGAGACAUAUCCUCCCUUCUCCCCCUGCAACUCUAUCUUUUCAUCAGAACCUUGCUUGAGAAAUAGAUGAGUAAUGAUGGUAGUUCAAGCAAGCUGUUGCAGUUGGUUUAGGAUGUUUCAGUAGGAAUUCAGAGGUUCCUUGUCUGUUAUCAAAGUCUAUCAGCUGAAUUGGAGACUUCCUCCCUUAGUAGCAUCUAUAUUCUGUUAAAUUUUUUUUACUCGUAUAUAUUGUUUCUUUCAUAUCUUAGUUUUCAUGGUGGGGUCUGCUCUCCAGAGCACAGUUUUUAGCUGAGGGGUGUUGUUUUCAGCGGAGCAGCCUCCCCACCUGGGGGUUUCACCCUUGGCCAGCCCAGGCACACGCUUGCCAUCUCCCUGCCCCGUGCUUGUGUCUCCUCCUCACCCACAAAGAGGGGCACCAGACACAUGCGCUCCCCCACGUAUCUGUAGUUUCAGAUUUAGCCAUUUACUCACCCUUUAUAUACUUGUUCAGACUACUACUCUGUUCCUGGUCUUUUUUCCUCCUGCCCUUGACUGCAAGCCCAGUUCUUUCAAACCUCCCAGGCAAUCACCUCCCAAGUGUUAAUAAGACAGCCCUAUUAACGUAUCUCACAAUUAACUCUGCCUCUUGUUUUGCAACAGCUUUGCAACACUGGUUGUUAUCUGGAUAUUUGAUAAUUCCCAGAUCCUUUUAUGCUGUACUGGUGGAAGAGAAAAAUAUUUCCUAUUUUUAUAUAUAUGCUUUUUUCUUCUUUAUUAAGUGUAGUACUUGGCACUUUGUUACUUUUUUUUUUUCCCAAAAAUAUUAAUUUUAGACAAUUUCUCCAAUGUAUCAAAGUUACUUUAAAUUCCAAGUAAUUGUAACUUGUGUCCAUUAGACUUAUUAUGUGUUUUCUAUGCAAACAUACUAAGAUAAUGCAAUCAUAGAAUCAUAGAAUAGUUUGGAUUGGAAGGAACCAUUAAAGGUCAUCUAGUCCAACCCCCAAGAUGCUAAGGAAAAUACUGAAGGGUAUUGUCCUCAUAGGAGUGCGCAGACACAUGCAUUAUAUAUAUGUUCACAUCUAUGUGUUUUUAUAUAUAACCACCACCCCCAUAAUAUACUCCCUGCCUAACAGUGAAAUGCUCAUAGUAGUUCUUCUGUGUCGUGUCCUAACUGGCAUGUACAUGCUUCAUACUCUUACUACAUAUGUUCUAGUCUAUUUAUGAAAAUUGCUGGAUUGCCUCAAAGACCUUAAUAAAGGCAAGACAGCACCUCUUACUUUCCCCUGCCCCAUCAGGCCAUUUGUGCGAGAGAAGGAAAUUGGAUUAGUUUGACGUGAUCCGUCCUUGGCAGAUCUGUGUUAGCUUUCAUUAUUGCAUCACCCUCUUGGAGCUUACAGAUUGAUUAGGAAUCUCUUUGGGGUUUUUGUCUGGGUAUUUAAGUUAAGUUUGGGUGGUUUAAUAACCCCGAUUACCCCACACUUUCUAUAGGUGGACGUCGUAUUUCCCUGUCUUCAUCCCCAUGAAACUUUUCAUCUUCUGUGAGCUUUACAGGCUGGUCAGUAAUUGUAUGGUGACACUUUUGGCCAGUGCAGUAAGUACUCCAGUGACCUUCCUCAAGCACUCCUGAUUAAACGCAUCUAACUUUUCUUAAUAUUCUGUAGUCUUUCAUUUCUGUACCCUGGCCUGCUAUUGUGAAAAAUAAACAAAAAAGUUAAGGAGCAUUCCAGCAGCUUAUUUUCUUAAUUUCCCUAUUAAGUAAUAGACAGCUAUUAAUUUUCCUUCUUAUUUCCGUUGUCCCUUAGAUAUUAUUAGCUUUCUUGGUUUUGUCCCUGUCUGCCUGUUGGAGAUUUUUUUAUGCUUCCUUUUAUUUGUGGUGUUGUUCGGCUGUUUUUGUUCUGAGUUUGGUUAUGAAAGAAAUCCAGCUUUCUUCUUGCUCUAGUUUCUUCUCUCCUUCCAUGGUACCGUUAUUUAUCAUCUCCCUUUACUCCCACUAGAGAAGUCACUUUUCUUAUACAUUUUAGAGAACAAGCUGUUGCAAGAGUUGAAACAUACUGAAGUCACCCGCAGCAUAAAUUUAUCCUUUCAAGAAAGCGUGUCAAGUCCAGCUUUUGCUGCUUUUUGUAAAAACCUCCAAUCUCUGUCAGCUCCACAAGAUUCUGAGGUUUGCAUCUAUACAAAACAAAGUUAUUCUAAACUCACAGAAAAAGGAUUUUUAUUACAGAAUUAAUAAUUGCUUUCAGUGGGAAGAUAUUUUUACUAGAUUUUGAUUAAUACGAUGCUUUCCAUCUGUGUUCUCUCAAUUUCCCAAUCAACGCAAAAAACUUGUAGGUAUUAUCUCUCCACUGCAGAGCAGUAGCAAAGAAGGAAGUAGCCUUCUGUGGAAGGCAUUAAAUAGGAAUAAAUAUGCCCAAAGUCAGCUGUUGAUGUCUCUGAUGCCAGACCUACGUUAAACAGAGCAGCUCUUCGGCAGGGCAGGAAGAAGUGCCCUGAAAGUUGGCUUAUUUGCUUAAGUGGAUUUAGUAGUAUUUCUGCUUUUUACAAAGAAAUUAGGUUAUGUUAACAUCACUCUGAAAUACCGAGAAGUAAAUUUUGAAGUGGUCAGGGCAUGUGCUGCUUGUGUAAAAUAUCUUUCUUCAAAUUUUAUUUAGUCUCUACAAUCCUGUUUUCACUUCUGUCUUCUGUUUAAUUUGAUUCAACUGCAUAGAAGUGUAAGGGGUUUAUUUUUUGCAAGGUCUUUGCUGGGAGAGGGAUAUUAUAUCUGAGAAAAAGGCUAUGCUAAGAGUUUCACGUACAAAUGUUUCAUAUAUUUAAUAAAAAAUAAAAUUGUCAAAACUUUGAAAGAAA